UAAACACAACAAAGCCAAAGUGAAGAAAAAAAAAAGGGGAAAAUCAAUGGCUACUGCUCUGCUACCCAAAACUGUUUCUCCAUUUCUUACAAGUCCACCUUCACUGGCUUCUGCCCACUUCACCACCAAGCCAUCAUGUUUCAGCCCAUUAGACCACUCUCCAUGCACCAAAAAACCAAGUGUUCAAACCCAUGCAAAGAAAAAGAACCCAUGGCUAGACCUUUUCGGGGAUGAUGAAGAGGACCCCUACGCGGAAUAUGGUUCAUUGUUUACUGAUGGUAAGCAGGAAGAAGAUCCUAGACCUCCUGAUAACCCUGAUAACCCUUAUGGGUUCUUGAAAUUCCCAAUGGGAUUCACCGUGGAGCUGGCUUCAUUGCCAUUGAAAAUACGAGGUGAUGUUAGGAGAUGCUGCUGUGUCAUUUCCGGUGGUGUCUAUGAAAACUUAUUGUUUUUUCCUGCUAUUCAGUUGAUCAAAGAUAGAUACCCUGGUGUUCAAGUGGAUGUGUUGGCAUCAGCAAGAGGAAAGCAGACUUAUGAGUUGAACAAGAAUGUGAGAUGGGCUAAUGCUUAUGAUCCUGAUGAAGACUGGCCUGAUCCUGCUGAAUACACUGAAAUGGUUGGACUUCUUAAGAAUAGGUACUAUGACAUGGUUUUGUCAACCAAACUGGCGGGAAUUGGCCAUGCAGCAUUCUUGUUUAUGACAACCGCUCGAGAUAGAGUGAGCUACAUUUACCCAAACGUGAAUGCAGCAGGAGCAGGAUUACUCCUAUCGGAAACUUUUACUGCAGAUAGUCUGAAUCUUUCAGAAGUUGGAUAUAACAUGUACCAUCAGAUGGUUGAUUGGUUGGGGAGACCAUUUCGGAGUGUUCCUAGGCACCAUGUAGCUCCACUAAGAGUGUCAAUUUCAAGGAAGUUGAAGGAGGUUGUAGCAGAAAAGUUCAGGAUUGCAGGUGUAGAGAAAGGAAAAUAUAUCGUGAUUCAUGGCAUAGAAUCAGACUCUAAGGCUUCAAUGCAAUCUAGGGGUGAUACUGAUAGCUUGCUUCCCAUUCAUGUAUGGGCUGAAAUAGCAAAGGAUAUAAGGGGAUUUAAGCCACUUUUUGUGAUUCCACAUGAGAAAGAAAGAGAGAAUGUGGAGGAGGAAGUAGGAGAUGAUGCUAGUAUUGUCUUUAUCACUACCCCAGGACAGUUGGCUGCUCUGAUAAAUGAUUCAGCUGGGGUGAUUGCUACAAAUACAGCAGCUAUCCAACUUGCAAAUGCACGUGAAAAACCAAGCAUUGGUUUGUUUUGCUCUGAGCAGAAGGGGAAACUGUUUGUUCCCAAUGCCGGAGAGAAGAAAUGUGCCAUUGUCUCAUCCAAGACGGGAAAGUUAAUAGAUAUUGAUGUUGAGGCUGUUAAACAAGCAAUGCAAAUAUUCGAUAUGUCCUUGGCUCUAGUAUAAGAGAUUAAUGAAAUCCAGUCUACUGAAGUUAAAAGUUCAACAUUCAAUCAACAAUUCGUGCGACUAUUGAUGGUUUCUCGUUUUCCAUUCUACAUUUUAUUUCUGUUUAAAUUCAAUCGUUCUGAAGUAAUAAAUUUACAUAACUGUCUGGACAGAUUUACCUGAUACCCAUAAUAAUAAUAAAAUCUCGAAGGUGGGGCAAAUUUCUAUUGUUUUUGUUCCUGACUUGCAAUUCGAAGUACAUUGCAAGGUUCUUCAGCCCUAUAGAGGAAAGGAAUCCUAGCUAGAAGCUGAUGUUAAUAGCAUAAAAAAAGUGAGGUGAACUUAUUUAGGACAAUUCAAGAGCAUGAUGUUCAGAAAACAUUUUUGGGCCAAAAUUCCAUGUUUCCAUUGUAAGAACGGAAUCUAAAUGAUGGACAGUGUCAGUCAAUGACUCUCAAGUGGGUCCCGGUAGA